UUGAAGAGACGACCGAUGCAAGGCUCGGGCGGCUUCGAGUACUCGGCCGCGCCGCGCUCGGUCGCUGUGAAGCGGUCCAAGUACCGGGAUCCGUCGAGCUCCAGCGUCGACAAGUCGCAGAACCUCAUGUUUGACCGGCGCAUCGUGCGAGGCAGCACGUUUGCCGGCGGCAAGCCCGCGCCCGAGUCGAUGGAUGCGAAGCCGAAGCUCAAGAAGAAGCCGUCGCCGUCGGAGCUCCCACCGCAGCGCAACGACCGCCCCGCGACGCCGCCACCCAUGGACGGCCGGCAGCACAUGGACAUUCAGACAGAGAACUACCUCGAGGAGCUCACGGACAAGGUGCCCGAGAUGGACGUCGAGACGCAGACCGAAGCGUUCCUGGACCAACUGCCCGUUCCGACGUUCGUGCCGCAGAAGAGCGGCACGGACGCGUCGACGCAGAUCGAGGCCGGCGACCUCUUUGACUUUGACCUGGAGGUGGCGCCGAUCCUCGAGGUGCUAGUGGGGAAAGCACUCGAAGUCUCGGUCAUGGAGGUCCUAGAAGAAGAAGAGAUCAAGGAGAUUCGGCUGCGCCAAGAUAUCUUUGAACAGCAGCGCAACGCCGAGCUCGCCGAGGUCCAGCGGCUCGAAGCCGAAGCGAAGCGCAAGUACGACGAGAAGCAGCGGCGUCUCGAAGAGGAGAAGGCGCGACUCGUCGCGCAGUCCGAGCUCCAGGAGAAGCUCGCGGCGCGGUCCUUUGCCAAGCACUACCUCUCGGACCUGCACUCGAGCGUCUUUACGAACCUCGUGACGACGGGCCACUUCCAGGACCCGCUCGAGCGCGAAGUCAAGGACGCGUUCGUGCCCUUCUUGCUCCGAAAAGCGUGUACGAACGUCGACCAGAUCGUCUUUGCAAGGGCGCUGGCCGACCUCGUCGUUGCCGACACGAUGGCGCGAAAGCUGCCCGAGACCCGUAGCUAGCCGUAGAACACACUUACUAUCCUCCUACUUGACCCUGUAAUGUAUAAACGACGCCCA